AUCCAGUGCAGAAGUAAUACUGAUUCUGGACUAAUUACUCUUAGACAUUUUGCUUGAAGAUUAUAUAUAUUCCAAAUAACAACUCAAAAAAUUCCAACAAUGGAAUCUGAGGACGAUUUUUUCUUCGAAGAAGAUAAAAUUUUAAUGAACAGCUUCUUAUCGCCUUCAGACACAAUCUCUCCUACCACAAAUUCACACGGAGCUGACCGAGAUAACGAAAUCUCUUUAACUGCUGUGCCUCUGGCUAGUGUCGCCGAACUGCAUCAGCUAACCAUAAUGGAGGAUCGCAUUCCAGACAUAGAACUGGUUGCACGAAACAGAGCUGCUGUCGCUACUCAGCUGUCUAACUAUCAACUGGGCAUGACAAUCACCUCUGGAAAUGUGGUGAUCCAGAAAGACUCGAGUAAUCUGAUUGGCGUCUGCAUCGGAGGUGGUGCACCGCUCUGCCCUUGUCUCUACAUUGUUCAAGUCUUCGACAAUACUCCAACUGCUCUCGACGGUACUCUCCAAGCUGGGGACGAGCUUGUUUCGGUCAACGGAGCAUCUGUCAAGGGAUCAACAAAAGUUGAAGUUGCAGAGAUGAUUCAUGCCUGUGAUGGACAAGUUAGCAUUAAUUACAACAAACUUCACGCGGACCCGAGGCAGGGACGAUCCCUUGACAUUGCUUUGAAGAAGGUCAAGCACAGACUCGUUGAGGGAAUGGGUAGUGCAACAGCAGAUGCUCUUGGUUUGUCACGAGCUAUUCUCUGUAACGAUGCUUUGGUGCAAAGGCUAGCUGCUUUACAGAGAACUGAAAAUCUUUACCGAGGACUAGUUGCUCAUGCAAAGGCAACUUUACGUGCCUUUUUCGAUCUUGCUCAAGUUUACAAAGCCUUCGGCGAUGCUUUUGCCGCGAUUGGAGUCAGGGAGCCACAGCCUCGAGCCAGUGAAGCUUUCAGACGGUUCGGAGAGCAGCAUAGACAAAUGGAGAAGUUUGGUGUUGCAAUGUUGAAGGCUGUUAAGCCCAUUCUGAGCGACUUAGGGACGUAUCUUCACAAAGCGAUUCCAGACACAAGAUUGACGAUAAGUAAAUACGCAGAUGCAAAAUUCGAGUAUCUCUCUUACUGUCUCAAAGUGAAGGAGCUAGAUGAUGAGGAGCAAAGUUACAUAGCCCUUCAGGAGCCGCUGUACCGACUGGAGACUGGAAACUACGAAUAUCGACUAGUCCUGCGAUGCCGGCAGGAGGCAAGAACCAAAUUUGCUAAACUAAGGUCCGACGUUUUAGUGAAGCUAGAAUUGCUCGAUAACAAACAUGUUCAAGAUGUUAUAUGGCAACUACAAAAAUUUGCUGCCGGCCUUGGGAAGUGCCAUGCUGAAUGUAGAGACUUGCUUUCCGAAUCCAGCUUGUUCCCAGUUGAAGUUGAUCUUUCACGCUCUGCAUUCCAGUACAAAACGACUGGUUCACUUCAACCCUCGAUAGACAGCGAGGAUGGUGUGGAAGAAGAGGAAGGAAAAUUAAAUGAUACCGGAGAAAGUUCCAUACUUAAUAUUCAGGAAAACAUGCUACUCUCAACAAAGCCGGACCGGCUCUAGUAUUCAAAAUUAUUUAUUCCUGAGAUCGUUUUCUUCAGUAAUAAUUUUUCAUAGAGACAUAAUCAAAUCACAAGAACGUUUUCCUACUUGUUUUUGCCUUUAGUUUUACCUACUUUCAGGCAGCUGGAUUUCUUUGAGUGAAACCAGAAUGUCCACUUCUCUCUCACCUGCAUACCAUUUGACCGAUAUUUAACACCAAUUAUUUGAAGCAAGGUGUGAAGUGAAUAAAAAGUGAAUUGAUAAAAA